AUGACAUCUGUGCUACGGAAACUUGAGGUCGAGCAAGACAAUGGUCUGUCGAACAAAGAGUUGUUCCUCACCAACCAUGACUUGAAGAUUGUCGAGCCUGAACGACGUCAGUGGAGGGCCUUCAACUUUGUUGGCUUCUGGAUUGCGGACUCGUUCAACAUCAACACUUGGAUGAUUGCUGCUUCCUCGCUCGAUAAUGGCUUGUCGUGGUGGCAGGCCUGGAUUUGUGUCUGGGUUGGCUACAGUAUCUCGGCAUUCUUCAUUUGCUUGACUGGUCGCGUUGGUGCCGUCUACCAUAUCUCGUUCCCAGUCAUGAACAGGGCUUCUUUCGGUAUCUUUGGUUCUUUGUGGCCUGUAUUGAACCGUGCAUUGAUGGCAUGUAUCUGGUAUGGCGUACAAGGCUGGAUUGGUGGCGAGUGUGUCUACCUCAUGAUCCUCGCCAUCUGGCCCUCUUUCGGCACACGACCCUCGUUGACCAAGGGGAUUGCGCUUGGUGGCACUGUCAAUUACCUCAUUGCCUUCGUACUCUUCUGGGCCGGCUCUCUACCCUUCAUUUGGUUCCCCGUCCACAAGAUUCGCCAUUUGUUCACUGUCAAAGCCGUCGUCGCACCCACUGCUGGUAUUGCUUUCCUCAUCUGGGCACUGGUCAGAGCGCAUGGCGCAGGCAAGAUCAUCCACGAACCUGCCAAAGCUCAUGGUUCCGAGCUUGCUUGGGCUGUCAUCACUGGCAUCAUGUCUUCCGUCUCCAAUUUUGCGACACUUAUUGUUAACGAUCCUGACUUUUCUCGUUUCGCCAGCAAGCCCAGCGAUGCUUUGCUUCCUCAAUUCAUCACUAUUCCUGUUGGUUUCGGCCUUACCUCUCUCAUCGGUAUUCUUGUCGGCUCAGCUUCAGCGGUCAUCUACCCUGAGCUUGGUGCAGUCUGGAACCCUCUGGAGCUUCUCAAAGCUUUCAUCACUGAAGAUGGCCAUGGUAGCGCAGGCGCAAGAGCAGGCGUCUUCCUCAUUGCCGCCGCUUUCGUCGUUGCACAACUCGGUACCAACAUCGCCGCAAACUCCAUCUCUGCCGGUACAGACUUGACUGCUCUACUCCCUCGUUACGUCAACAUCCGCCGUGGUGGCUAUAUCUGUGCUGUCAUCGGUAUUGCUAUUUGUCCUUGGCAAUUCGUCGCUGGCUCGAGCACGUUCACGACCUAUCUUUCUGCUUACUCUGUUUUCCUCUCUGCCAUUGCUGGACCUAUGGUUAUCGACUACUACUGCGUUCGCAAGGGAUACCUCCAAGCCCGCGACUUGUACAGCGCCGACGUUAAUGGCCCUUACUACGGCAAAUUCGGCAUCCAAUGGCGAGGCUACGUUGCCUAUAUCUGCGGUAUCCUGAUCAACGUCGUAGGUUUUGCUGGCGCCUGUGGUGCGUCAGUACCUAUUGGUGCAACUUACAUCUACCGUCUGAACUUCUUUACUGGCUUUAUCGUUAGUGGUGGAGUGUACUAUUUGCUUUGUUUGGUGGCGCCGGUCAAAGCACCAAAUCCUAUGGGAAGUUGGCUCGAGGCUCCGGAGCCGGAUGAGGAGGAUCUCAGUAAUGUGGUCAGUCAUGGUCAAGAUGCUGGGGACUACUCGACUGCUUUGGAUGUAGAACAGGAAGGAGGCUUCUUCAGAAAGAAGAUGGAUGCUAUCUCAAAAGCUCUGUAG